GUCAGCAGCGAGUCCUAAGGUCGUUAGUGGGGCCGUGCUCACUGUAACUGUGCCUCUAGUCAGGUCGUUGUUCUUCCUCAUGAAUCACCAACGCUGGUCAGCAGCCUUCAAAUGCUGAUUUUUUUUCUCGCCAGAAAACCAUCUCUUCUCACUGCUAGCACUACACCAGUGUAUCCAGGACAUAAACAGCCUACAACGGCUGCUUCAAAAUUCGUUUAGAAUCUAGACAACAAUACUGUCACACCACUUUAUACAUCACCAAUCUCACCAUCGCCUAGCCAUCAUGUCGGUUGUCACUCCCGAAAAAUAUAUCGCCGCUCAGGCUAAAAAAGAGCAUCCUGUUCUUCCGGAGCAACUUGAAGCGCUGAGAAAUUUUCUUACAAACCCUACCAUUCCAAUUUCUAAAGUUGCGGAGGAUUUAACUGCACCUGUAAUCGAACUUCACCAGAAAACCAAACAAGAUCCCGAUAUUUUACACAAAUUUGACCACGGCACCUUGUGGGAAUCCAUCUCUGACGCCGUCAGACAGUUAACGGAUUUUAAUGACAGAUUGGUCGAUCUUGUUACGGCGAUUCAGAAAGUACCCGAUCCCGAGGGACACUUUGCUUCCAUGGUUGACUAUACGCAAUAUUGGACCGAGUUUGCCUAUGACUUUAAAGUCCCCCGGUCAAACGACCCAGACCGCGAAGCAAAGGCGCAGGCGUGGGUCAAUAUCAAUGCCUUUUGCUCCAAAAUCUCCACACGCCGCGUCCCAGUGCUCGACGAACGAGAACGCGCUGCGUGGGUGCUCAAAGAAACGCUUGAAAUGGCACCAUGGGAGGAAUUUCACCACUCUGAUCUGGAUGAGAAACUAGAAGAAUAUCCGGAUGAUGAAGUUGUUGCAGAGCAGUGUCAAUACGAACUGGAGUGUCGUGAUGUUAGGGUCCUUGAUUACUGGGCCCCUGCCGCUGCCGUGUGGAUGAAGAUUGAUGCCAAGGGUAUCUACGACAUGGAGGGCAAGAUUUCUGAGGCUGAUGAGCAAGAUUGGUAUCCAACAACCUGGAAGGGGCCUAAAGGCUGGUCGAAAGACCGGUUUUCGUACUGGAUCGAGCGAUUUGAGUGGAUUAGCAAGGUCACGGCCUUGAAAAUGUCAACAAGGAAGGAUGCGGCUGAGGCUGCUGAGAGUAUGAAGAAAGUCGUGAAAGGAAACUAAAACCAUGCUCAGCCCGAUACAAUUCUAGCUUCCUUCUUUCCUAGUAUUCUACAAGGUUUUCCUAGUCUUGUAUCUCUCUCUUAUAAAUGCCUCGAGAAAUUACUAGCUACUGACGUGCUACGUCCGAUACUGUUUGAUUGUUGGGGUAAACUGAAAACGGAUGGGACUAUUCUAUAGUCAUUCAUUCUAGCCAUUUAUGCAGUCUCGUAUUCCGGAUCCAUACAUCCACAUGACACCCCUCAUCAUAU